AUGGGUUCAGUAUUGUCGGUAAAUAAGUACAAUGAGCAAACCAAUGCUGUACGCAAUCAUCGUAGAUUGCGUAUGGAAGAAUACCAACAAUGCUGCUCCAAUAAUCCACAAAACACUAUUCAGCCUUAUGACAAUGCAUUAUUGAAUGUAACUCGUCAAUACAAGGCUUUGAGCAUUAUUGGAGAACGGCCGCAACAACCACAACCACCAGAGGCCCCACCAGCAAUUCCUGCUGCUGCUGCUGCUGCCACACCAAUAUUGGCUGAACAAACACUUACAACACCUACAACACCUACAGCACCUACAGCACCUACAGCACCUCCAACGCUUACAACACUUACAACACCUACAACACCUGCAGCAGCAGCACCUGCAACAACUCGAGUACGAAUAGCAAUUCAAUUUGCUAUGCAGCCCUUUGUUGUACUCGAACGUCUGCCAAUUGCUGGUCCCUCUCGUCCUCGUCAUCAACCGGAAAGUGUUAAAAGUUUAAAAAUUUGUCCUGGACGUCGGAGAAUUUUAGAAUUCUCCAAUAGUGACGACAGUAGCGAUGAUAGUGAUUGA